AUGGACGUCAAGCAACUGGGACUGGAGUACGUCUGUGUGGAUACGAUUGGAAUUUCGUCCCAACCUGCACGCAAAGACCUUGAGCAUCCAAAAUUUUGGCGGUUCGGUAAAGCCAAUGAGCAGAGAAUGCUGUCUGAAGAUCGAAUCGUAACUCUGAAUGAAUGGCUUCAGGACUGCGAAUCAAAUCACAAGGUCUGUCAUCCGGCCGCAAAACAGUACCCAACGCGCAUGCUUGAUAUUAAAGUCGACGAACCUCUUCGUAUCGUGGCGAGGAACCAGAUUCAGCAAAACAAGCACCCAAUUCGUUAUGCAACUUUGAGCCAUUCCUGGGGCCACCAAGUGCCGAUACAAACCACGACAAAGACAAAAUCCCUCUUUGAGGAGUCCCUUUCGGAAGAUUUGCUUCCGCGAACCUUUCGGGAUGCUGUCAACAUCACACGGUCUCUCGGUAUCCGCUACCUCUGGAUUGAUUCCCUGUGCAUUAUACAGGAUGACCCUGAGGACUGGCAAGCAGAGGCGGUUCAAAUGAGGGACACGUACUUGGGAAGCACAAUCAACAUCGCCGCCAGCGACGCUCUAGAUAGUACCCAAGCGACAGAGCUGCCAUUGAGGGGCCUGGUCCUCGCGUUUUCGUUUAUCAGCAACAAGAUCAGCAACAAGGUCAGCUACUGA